GACUUUUGGGGUUAAUUUCCUUUUUGCCCUUUUGGCCUUUUGUUUUCUUUUAGCUUCGAGUUGCCCAGCCAAAGAGCUUUUGUUGCUUUGUGAUUGAUGGAAGGACCCUGAGCUCUCUCUACCUUUUCUCUGUUGUUCGUUGCCUGCUGCUCCUGCAUUUUUAGUGAAUAUUUACAAAGUUUAUCGAUCUUCCUCUUCUCCUUUCUCUUGAUUUCUUAGCUUUUCAGUUAAAAUUUAAAGAGAUUGAUUUGUGAAGUUUGUGAUGUCUCCACCUCUGUUGGGUGUGGAGGAGGAAGGGGAGAACAAUGUCUCUUUAGUGGCCUCUUCGCCUUCCAUUGAUUGUAUCUCACAAAAUGGCUGCGGUUUAACAGAGCGGAACUAUUUGGGUUUAUCAGAUUGUUCUUCAGUUGACAGUUCUGCUGUCCCAAGUUUAUCAAAGGAGACUAAGAACAAUCUAAAUUUAAAGGCUACUGAGUUGAGACUUGGCCUUCCUGGAUCCCAAUCUCCUGAAAGAGAAACAGAUGUUUCGUUGCUAAGUACAGGGAAGCUUGAUGAGAAGCCUCUGUUUCCUUUGCUUCCUUUGAAAGAUGGAAUCUGUUCAUCAUCACAGAAGCAUGUUGUUUCAGGCAACAAAAGAGGAUUUUCUGACACCAUGGAUGGAUUCUCUGAGGUAAAGGGUUCUGUGUAUUCAGAAAAAAACUGGUUAUUUCACUCGGCUGGGACAGAUACUGAUUCUCUACAAUCUUUGGGACAAGGGAAGUUCCCCGGUAAUUCUGGGAUAAGUGCAAUCUUAUCAUCUAGGCCAUCUGUGGCCCAAUCAGCCAUGAUGAAAGAGGUUCCCAAGAAAGUGUUACAGGACCGAUCUCGUGCUGCCAAUGGAACCAACCUCAACCAGGCUGGUGUUUCUAACAAUAGCAGCAGUGUCCCUGCUGCGAAGGCACAGGUUGUUGGUUGGCCUCCAAUUAAGUCAUUUAGGAAGAACACAUUAGCUACCUCUUCAAAGAACAAUGAUGAAGUUGAUGGAAAACCAGGUCUUGGUGCUCUUUUUAUCAAGGUCAGCAUGGAUGGUGCUCCUUAUUUAAGGAAAGUGGAUCUAAGAACUUACUCCACUUAUCAAGAACUCUCUUGUGCUCUUGAGAAGAUGUUCAGUUGUUUUACCAUAGGUCAAUGUGGAUCUCAUGGAGCUCCUGGGAAGGAAAAGCUGAGUGAGAUUAAAUUAAGGGAUCUUCUGAAUGGAUCAGAGUAUGUGCUAACAUACGAGGAUAAGGAUGGCGAUUGGAUGCUUGUUGGGGAUGUGCCAUGGGAGAUGUUUAUUGAUACAUGCAAGAGGCUAAAGAUCAUGAAGAGCUCUGAUGCGAUUGGGUUAGCUCCUAGAGCAAUGGAGAAAUCCAAGAUAAAAGCCUAGAAAGGCACCCUGGCCAUGCACCAAGAGGAAUGAAUGAUUUUUGAAAGUUGGGAAGUGGUGAGGCAGGGUUGAAGAAUUAUUUGAUGGGGGUGACUGAUAUGGUCUGGAUGCAACUCCACAUUUAUGUUUUGAUUGCAUAAAAAAGUUUGUGUUAGUUUAUGUUUGUUUAAAUGCCUGAUUGUUUUAAAACUCUUUAAUUAUGAUAUCAAGAAAAGUUGUGGACUUAAAUAUAUUUUUAAAGUGUUGUGCAUUUGAUGACUGUUUGAGCAAAA